AUGCAUCUUAUUUCUCUCAGGUCUACCACAGUGCACUCUGCACAGUAUAAUAAGAGUUAGCUAGCUAGCCACUAUUAUUACAUCUUCACAACAUUUUCCAUUCACCCAAAAAAAAUUAAAAGAACAAAACUUUCUGCAAAAAUCCCACUGAUAAAAAAAAGAAGUUUCAGAGUUUUAGCCCCAUAUAUUUUCUCUAAAAAAAAAAAGAACAUUCAGGGUUUCAAACCUGUAAAUUUCUUUGGAAAAAGAUCAAAGAUGAUGAUAGCAGGAAGAAAUAGCUGCAAGUCUCCUUCUUCUCCUUUCCCUUUCACAGCAAGUCAAUGGCAAGAAUUAGAGCAACAACUUCUUACUUUCAAAUACAUUAUGUCAGGAAUUCCUGUCCCACCUCAACUCUUCUCUACUGUUUUAAAUAACCCUUUUUCUUCCUCUUCUUCUCCCCUCUUCCCUCAUCAACAAUCACUACCUUUUGGAUGGGGUUGUUUUCAAGUGGGAUAUGGAAGAAAAAUAGAUCCAGAGCCAGGAAGGUGUAGAAGAACAGAUGGUAAGAAAUGGAGAUGUUCAAAAGAAGCAUGUUCAGAUUCAAAGUACUGUGAGAAACACAUGCACAGAGGCAAAAACAAAUCUAAGAAGCAAAUUCAAACAACACUACAAUCAUCAACAACAACAACAACAAAUGAAACCAUUCUUUCAGCAACAACAACAACAUCAUCUCCUACAAUGAAUCUGAUGAAAACUUGUGUUCCAAAUUCCUCCUCUGUGAUUUCUUGCUCUGAUUCUCAAUCUAAUGAUGCCUCCACUAAUAAUUAUCCUUAUUACUCUAAUAAUUACCCCACCACUUUUUACCCUUUUCUUUCACCACAAUCCUCCUCUGAUUCUACUAGUUUUACUCAGUCGUCAACUCAGAAUUUUAAUGCUCCUCACUGGCUUUUGGACUCUGACUCAUAUGAUCAACCUAAGAAGGAAAUGAGGUACUUUUAGAUGGAAAAAGUUGAAGAAAGAAGAGAAGAAAUUGAAGUGAAAAUGUAAAAUUUGAGUUAGCAAAGAAGUAAUUCCAUCACUACUUAGGUUACUAACAAGUAACAAGAGUUCAUGACCCAUGAUUAAAAUUAGAGAAAUAAGAGAGGGUUAGUGACUAAUUACUCCAUUUCUAAAAUGUAAUCUUUUAAGCACAUAUUACAUGUACUGAUGUACUAGUACGUGUUUUGAUUUUGUGACACCCGUGUAUUUCAAAUGUUUUUAAUCAAAGGCCCUGUGUGAAGUUCAUCAGA